CCCCUAACCAGCAACGUGUGCAACUCUAUGUUCUCCCGGCCCUAUGACCUCACAAGACAUGAACGCUCUGUUCACGACCCGUGCAAAGAACCGAUUCGAUCCGUGCUAUGCUUUAAAAAUUUCUCACGCAACGACGCACUAUCCCGCCAUAUG